AACAAUUUUUAAAAUGUCUGCUGCAUCUAAAGAAAGGCAAGCACGAUUAUGCAAUAUUGUACAGAAAAUAUUUCCAAAAGUCAUGCAAAAGAUAUUUAAAGAAAGUGUUAGUCCAAGAGGUUUACAAGUGAAAUAUCAACGGAAACACAUACCUAUCGAUUUAACAGAGAACGAAAUAUCCUUAAUGGAAAAACUUCCAAAUAUUGAUGACUUCACAAUUGAACUAUGCUAUAAAAUAUUGCGGUACGAAAAUGUAUUGCAUGAACCGUCGUGUAAGUGGGGUAAUGUUCCACACGAUACAGAAGUUGCAAUCGGUGACGAUGUUCAGAGAAUACUUAAUGCAACUAAUGAAGUUAUCAGUAGGAAGUCGGAGGAAAUAUCAGAGCUAUAUUACGAAGAAUUUCAUAAAAGAACACGAGAUGUACUAAAGAGAGUGGACAAUUAUCUGUGUCAAGAUACUUCUAUACAAUUGUACCAAACAAUUCAGAGCUAUGAUAUUGAUAUUACUGAUAUGCUUCAACAACUGGCACUUAUGCAGCAAGUCAAUGUUAUCCAGACAGUUGAUGAGGAUAGUGAAAAUAUAGAACGUUAUUCAAGAGUUUCACGAGUUAUCAUUGACACUUUCCUAAAUAUCUUCAGAGAUAUAAUCCGCUCAAAUAUUUCUGCUAACAAAUUGUACCAAAUGUGUUUGCCGCAUCUAAAAAGUUUCUCCUCUGAUCAGGAAACUGUAUUAAAAGAUGCGAACUCGUCCAAUUCAUAUGAUUCAAUGGACAUUACAUUGAUAUAUAAGUUGUUGAGACAGUUAUCGCUGAUAAGUCCUCCUACAAAUGGAUGGGGAAAUAAACCAGAAAAAGCAGAUAUGAAACUGGCAGAUGAUGUAGAACGCAUUCGUCGCUACAGAAACCAUUUGGCUCACCGAUGCAACACAAACAUCGGAAAAGAUGAAUUUGAUGAUUACUUCGACAAGUUCCGUGAUAUUGGUUAUAGAAUGGAUCUAAACUUUUUCAACAAGACAAAUUAUGAACGACUUAUAAAACUGCAUAAGACAUGUAGUAUGGAUAAGCAAAUGCAGACCAAAUACAUGACCGCCUUAAAACAGCUGGAAAAUAUAAAAUUGCAAUUUGAAAACAAACCUAUAAAGUUUUUCUGGGGAGAAAGUUUUAAUCAAAGUUUAAUGAAUCUGAGAUCUAUAUUGAAGGAAGAAUCAUCAGAAGAAGAAAAACGUAAAGUCCGUGUACAGAUCAUUUUCCAGACUGAGGAGGAAGUCGAGACAACCAUUGAUAUUCUGAACUCCCUCAGAGACGAAAUAAACAAAGACUUGGGUGGAAUUGAAUUUAUUGUUGCCACUAAAGGGAUGCAAUUUGAAAACAAACCUAUAAAGUUUUUCUGGGGAGAAAGUUUUAAUCAAAGUUUAAUGAAUCUGAGAUCUAUAUUGAAGGAAGAAUCAUCAGAAGAAGAAAAACGUAAAGUCCGUGUACAGAUCAUUUUCCAGACUGAGGAGGAAGUCGAGACAACCAUUGAUAUUCUGAACUCCCUCAGAGACGAAAUAAACAAAGACUUGGGUGGAAUUGAAUUUAUUGUUGCCACUAAAGGGAGUAUAGUUCUACAUGUAGAGAUAAUGAUAAUAUUGCUGGAAACAGAUCAACUAUUACAAUCUACCCUUACUUUAUUUCUGAGAAGGAUUUUAGAACGUAUUACGACCUUCAAUACUGAAAGUAUUGAUUUGGUAUUGAUACCUGUACAAGAGUUCACCCAAUGGAAUGCACCAACAACCAUGGGAGAACCAGUUUACUUAGAAUUUGAUUUCAAGGCAGAGUUAUUUAAAAACAAUAUUAAAAUGGAGGAACAAUUUGGACAUAUUUUGGACGCCAUCAUCAUACGUUCAAACGGAGGCGGAACAAACAAUAACAUUACUGCAACAGUCCUACCUAUUUGUCUUGAAAAAGAAGAAGCAUCCUCCCAAUCUGUGAUAACCGAAGAAAACACAACAAACACAGAAGAAUCAUUUACCCAAGCUCAAGCACCCGUCAAAUACAACCUUCCUGUUUCUGUCAGUUUGAGUAAACAGAUAAAUAUCAAGACGCAUGAUAAUGAAAAUCUGUCCAUUACUAGCUGUAUCAAAACAGGCAAUACAUUAGUGUUUACCGACUAUAAUGAUACACGACUUAUUAUUUGUAAUUCAGACGGUACUAAUAAACAUCACAUUCCUCUGUCCUAUACACCACAUUAUAUAACAGAGAUAGAUAGUAACACUGUAGCAGUCUCCUGUGAUGCUUACAGAACCAUACUGAUAAUAAACAUAUCUACACGUUCUGUCACCAGUACAAUCAACACCAGUGGUUACUGCGACGGAAUAUCAUAUAAUGAUAAUAACCUGUACGUUGUUAUUGAUAGGAGAUCAAUACAUGUGAUAGACCUGACAGGUAAAGUAAUACGUACUAUACCGGUACCUUCAGACCAUAUCACCGACAUUACAGUAGACAGAAACAGGUUGGUCUAUAUGGACUAUAGAACAAUAUACUGCUGCUCGUUAGAUGGAAAAGUAAUGUGGAAGUUUAAAAAGGAUGAAAUUCAAGAUUUAGUUCGUGUAACAACAGAUGAUGAGGGGAGUGUUUAUGUGACUGAUGAGGAGACACACACUGUAAUAGUUGUAUCAGAUGAUGGGAAACAUCAUAGAGAACUUCUUACUCAAUCAGAUGGAUUGAACAGGCCGUUUGGAAUUUAUUUUGACAAAAAAGAAAACAUUCUGCUUGUGUGUAAUAGAUAUGGCGGAAAUGCAUUUCUUUUUGAGGAGAAAAAGAAACCAUGUUAA